AUGGGAGCUGUCAAAUCACCAGCCGUAGAGCUCCGAAGCCUCCUCAUUUUUUUGGUGGUAUUAGUGCAAGGGUGGCAUGAUUUAGAUAACAAAGACUAUGACUGUUGGCCCCUGGAAAAGCCAGAUGAGUAUAACAUGCUGGACUGUGGAGGACUGGAGAUGACAUGGGUUCAUAGGCCUCCAGAAAAGGCUGUGAGUGGGGAGUCUUUCAACGUGACCUAUGCCGUCUUUGCUUCAGACAGUUUUUAUCAAUAUGCUGUUCAAAAUGGAAUCCUUUCCCACAGGUAUGUUAGCAAUGCUACUGCUGCAAAGGAAUUCUGUGAGGAGCAUGACUGUCCUGCCAGAUGGAAAGACGCAAAUGGGGACAACUGCUGUGUCUACCAUGCCAACAUUCAUUCCUGUCCUUUGGCCUUCAUGGCUAAAGGAGGAAUAUGUGGUCCAUGGAUCCCAGAUGAUGGUCAGAUAUUUACUCACACUUUGUCUACUGCUGGCAAAAUGAGCCAAAGGAACUGGACUGCCAAGGUUGUUUUAGUUCAUGUGGGUGUGACUUCUCUCAUUGCACACAUCAGAGUGGGGAGAAUCCAAGCUGCUCUGGAAGCAAAAACCACAGUCCUUCCUGCAGUAGUCUGUGGAGAUGGCUUUUGUGAGGAAGAGGAAGGCUGCUCUAUCUGUCCAGCAGACUGUGGGGAAUGCCCUCUUUCUGUUGAUGUUAGGAUAGCAAUUGCCUUACCAAUAUGUUUUGUCUGCACUGGCUUCAUUUUGACAAUAAUGUGGUUUCAAUAUCAGAAACAAAAGAUGCUUUGGGAUGAAAGCUGGAUUAUAGACUUCACCUGCAUCAAACAAGACUUGCUACAAAAAGUAAUUAAUUUUGGCGAGAGUGAUGGCAGAACAGUGGCCAUAAAGAAAAUAAUGAAGAAGUCAUUCACGCUGUCUAAAACCAUACGUAAAGAAGUGAAGCAAGUGAGGGAACUUGACCAUCCCAAUCUCUGCAAAUUCAUUGGAGGUUGUAUAGAAGUUCCAAAUGUUGCAAUUGUCACAGAGUACUGCCCCAAAGGCAGCCUUAGUGAUGUGCUCCUCAAUGAAGAUAUUCCUUUGAACUGGGGUUUCAGAUUUUCUUUUGCUACUGAUAUUGCUCAAGGAAUGGCCUAUCUCCACCACCACAAAAUGUAUCAUGGACGGUUGAAGUCUAAUAACUGUGUGAUAGAUGACCGGUGGGUUUGCAAAAUUGCAGAUUAUGGCUUGCAGUCAUAUAGAAAAGAAGAUUUUUCUGAUGGAUCAAAUUCAUCCCAGCAGCAUUUGAAACAGAUUUACACAGCUCCUGAAAUACGUACUCUUUCAGAUUUUGAGCCCAAUUCUAUGUCUGAUGUCUACAGUUAUGCCAUCAUUUUACUAGAAAUUGCCACAAGAAGUGACUCUCUGAAAGAUGAUGUGCAUUCUGGUGAAUAUUCCUGGUGCCCACCUUUGGCAGAAUUAAUUUCAGGAAAGACUGAGAAUUCUUGUCCUGCAGAUUAUGUAGAGUUAAUUGAAAGGUGCAGAAAAAAUAAUCCAUCCCAAAGGCCUACAUUUGAACAAGUCAAGAAAAUGUUGUACAAGAUGAAUCCUGUUAGCCCUGUUGACAUGAUGAUGACUCUGAUGGAGAAAUAUAACAAACAUCUGGAGAUACUAGUUUCUGAGAGAACCCAGGAUUUAAUGCAUGAAAAACAGAAGACUGAUCGUCUGCUGUAUAGUAUGUUGCCAAAACAAAUAGCAGAUGAUCUCAGACAGGGAAAACAGGCACAAGCUCAAAGUUACUCAAGUGCCACUAUCUUCUUCAGUGACAUCGUUGGCUUCACUGAGCUGUCCAGCAGCAGCACGCCAUAUCAAGUGGUAGAUCUCUUGAACAAGCUUUAUACCAUUUUUGAUGAAAUCAUAGAUAACUAUGAUGUCUAUAAGGUGGAGACAAUAGGAGAUGCCUAUAUGGUGGUGUCGGGAGUACCCAAGGAGAACGGGAUCCUUCAUGCUGGUGAGAUUGCAAAAAUGGCUUUAGACCUUCUGGAUGUCUGCAGGACUUUUAAGAUCCCACACAAGCCUAAUACCCUCCUAAAGAUAAGAGCAGGAAUACAUUCAGGGGCAGUUGUAGCUGGAGUUGUUGGAACCAAGAUGCCACGGUACUGUUUAUUUGGAGAUACUGUGAACACAGCUUCCAGGAUGGAAUCUACCAGUGAAGCUCUUAAAAUACAGUGCAGUACAAGUGCAUACCAGCUGUUGGAGCAGAUUGGAGAGUAUGUGUUAGUAUGCCGUGGGAAUUUACAAGUCAAGGGGAAAGGAGAUAUGGUCACAUACUGGCUUGAAGGUAAGAAAGCUUCUGUCGCCCAGAAAGCAGUCACCAGCAUUUCUGUGACUCCUCAAGAUGCCAACAGAUUUUCAUAUAGUCUGAUACCAGGUGUCCUUCCCAGUGAUCCUCUCUGA